AUGUUUAAAAAUUAUUUUAUAUUAAUUCUUUUUUUUUAUUUAUUAAAUAUCCUUAUAGCAACUAAUCCUCCAUAUGGUAAACUAACAGUUAAUAAAAAAGGACAAUUAAUUGGAUCAAAUGGAAAAAUAGUUCAAUUAAGAGGACCUUCACUUUUUGUUGAUAUUUGGUCUCCUGAUUUUUAUUCUGAUUUUGUUGUAAGAGCAAUAAAAUGUUUUUUCAAUGGAAAUAUUGUAAAAUAUAUAUUUUUUCAUUUUACAUAUAAUUUAAAAUUAAAGGUACGUGCUCCAUUUGCACCUGACGGUUUUGAAAAAAAUCCAAAUGUAACAUUAAAUUUAGCUUAUAAAUUAAUUGAUGGUGCAAUAAAUAAUGGUAUUUAUGUAAUUGUUGAUUGGCAUCCAACAAUUGAUUGGCAUAAUUGUUGGGAUAAUAAUGAUAUUAAAAAAUUUACAAAUAAUGCAAUUAAAUUUUAUACAACAAUAAUGAAAAAAUAUAGAGGAAUACCAAAUAUUUUAUUAGAAUUAUGGAAUGAACCUUCAUGUAAUUGGAAUAUUGUUAAAAAAUAUCAUAUGGAUGUUCUUAAUGAAGUACGUAAAUUUGAUAGUGAAGUUAUCGCAAUUCUUGGAUCAAAUGAUGUAACUAAAGAUCCUGAUGAUCGUGUUCCUGGAAAAAAUAUAAUGUAUACACUUCAUUGGUAUCCAAUAUGGGAACCAUUACCUUUUGACUAUACAGAACAAAUACUUAAAAAUGCAUCUAAAAAGAAUCAAGCUUUAUUUGUUACUGAAUAUGGUGAUGCAAAUGUUGCUCCUCUUGAUGCUAGCAUUGAACCAGAUAAAAUUAAAAGAUUUUAUGAAUUAAUGGAUAAAUAUAAACUUUCAUAUAAUAAAUGGACAUUAGUAAGUUUAAUUGAUCCAAAAUAUCCUGAUAAAGGAAUGGCUUUAAUGUUUAAAACAUGUAAUAUUUAUCAAAUUUAUCAAGAAUCAUGUCUUAGUGAUUCUGGAAAAUUAUAUAGACAACAAAUGUGGAAAUAUGAUAAUGGUAUCAAAGGAUGUUAA